AUGGCAACAGAAGUCACAACACCAAACAAUAUGUCAAGAUCAGUGCCAGUGGGUACUGUAAGUGACAGAGUUCAAAAGAUUAAAACAAUCCGAUCAACUUCAACUUCAAAUUCAAAUCCAGAGGUUUCAACACAGAACGGCUAUAUUGGAAAAGCACAAACUUUUACACCAACCCAUAGGAAAAAAGCUGUAGAAAUGAAUGGAUUUAUAUCACAUGGACGUGUUUCAGGCGGUAAAUAUGUUGUGACUGGUUCACCUUCUGGACUCGCUAACUACGGUUUUUCAGAAUCGAUGGACAACUUGAAAGGCAUCUCAAGUGGUAAAAAAGGUACCAACAGGCAGUUGUCUUUCACAGAAGAUCUCUUGGAUAGUUCCGACCAAAUUCAAAUGUUGAAUAAAGUUUAUCAAAAUGGAGGUGAAGAAAUAAGUGGAACUGUAAUCAUGGAUUUGUCAAAGAGUUUGGAAAUACGGUAUUUGGAAUUAGUGGUGGUAGGAGUAGGAAAUGCUUCUUUGACAAAAACUGGAAAGCUUUUCACACAGCAAGAGAACUAUAUGUACAAACGAACUUGUGUCAUAGGCAACAACGAAACAAAAUGGACGUCUUUGUUGACACCUGGAAAAUAUGUUUCAAACUUCCACUUUCAUCUGUCUAAAGAUGUUCCAUCAUCCAUGGAUUAUGAUGAACAAUAUAGUGGCCUGAGAUUCAACGUGUCCUAUUUUAUAAAAGCACGUCUUAUAGAUUCCAGCAGAAAAUCAGUGGCAUCCAAAAAACAUAAAAAAGCUCAUCAGAAAUCUUUACUUUCCUACCGAUUAGAUUUCAAGGUUCUGCGACCAUUUGAUGUGAACAUGUUACCAGAUGUCAAUUUACCCAUCAAUCACAUGGAGGAGGUGGCAUUGGCAUGUGGUAAAGGCAGAACAGCCACCAUAGGUUUGGCGUUAGAUAGAAGUGUGUUUCUGGCAGGUGACGACAUCAGACUACAAAUAUCGUUAGCGGUUCCAGCCUCAAGAAAAAUCAAAGAAAUUAUUUGUGGUCUGCAACAACAUGUCAGUUUUCAAACCCCAGGUCAAAGAGCAUCAUAUACCUUAGUUCAAUUACAAAAUAAAAAUCCUGAAGAAACUGCAGUGGUAACUAUUGAAAGCAAUAUGAAGACUUCGUCGUAUGAAGUUGUGAUUCCCACACACAAUGACAUAUUGACUUCCUUUAAUUACGGCUGUAACAUACUCAAAGUUACAUACUCUGUAAAAACAUUAAUCAAAUUCUCCCAAGGUGGAGGAAAAUUAAAUUUAGCUAUGCCUAUAGCCAUUGGUCCCUGUGCUGAGCCUAUUUACUAUGAAAAGAGUGCCUUCAAGAAAGCAGUUCCCGUCUUCAAACGCCCUGUAAGAUUUCCAUGCUUUACCCCAGCUUCAAGAAAUAGUUCCUUCUAUUCCCAAGAACAAAGUUCUCAAAGCUCCAGGAAAAUAAACGUGGUCACCAAAUAUCAAGUCAGCCCUUUUGGAAGAAUAUUUUUGUGUUGUUUUGGACGUGGAAAAUGA